AUAAAUUUUGUAUUUCUAUUUAACAUAGUUAGGAUUUUGAUGACAAAGCUGAGAGCUUCAACCACUUCAGAGACAAUACAGUACAGGAAGGCAGUCAAGGCCACGUUAGUCCUCCUGCCUCUGCUGGGCAUCACCUACAUGCUUUUCUUUGUCAACCCUGGCGAAGAUGACAUUUCCCAGAUCGUUUUCAUCUAUUUCAAUUCCUUCCUGCAGUCUUUUCAGGGUUUCUUUGUGUCAGUAUUUUACUGCUUCUUGAAUGGUGAGGUCCGUUCUGCCGCCAGGAAGAGGUGGCACCGCUGGCAGGACCACCACUCCCUCCGAGUGCGCGUGGCGCGUGCCAUGUCCAUCCCCACCUCUCCCACCCGGAUCAGCUUCCACAGCAUCAAACAGACGGCGGCCGUGUGACCUGCCCCGCACGGACCCGCACCACCCGGUGGCCUUCAGAGAUCUCCACUCUUCCCGAGCCCCUCCCUGCAAACUUUCUUCCUUUAUCCUCGCUGAUCUCCCUCCGGUGAGGCGCCCGGCGUAUUCCUGUGGACUCUCAUCUCCCGUAUCCGUGAUGCUGCUUUUCAGGCGACCAGGCAAAAGCCUCCUGGAGCCGGUGGUGGUGAAACAGAUUCAAAGAAGAAGCAGGUUCAACCCUGACUGCACUUUGUGGAAGUUCACAAUGCAAAGUCUAAAACAGCACACUGGCAGGAACAAUCAAUUUUUCUCUCCUUUUUGUUUGUUUGUU